AUGCAUCCUGGCACGCCGGCGGCCUCCUGGCUCCCUGAGCCCGCACCCCAGGAGCUGUGCGCCUUCAUGAGCGGGGUGGCUGCCCAGAUCCUAAAGACCCUGCAGCCUCGGAAGACUCGGCCCCCCCGGAGAAAAUCCACCCCGCGGAGAUUCCCCUACAGUCCUCCGUACAGGAGUUCUGCCCACUGCCAGGACGCCACCCAACGGUGGGCCCGGGAGGGCCCAGGCCCCCAGGCCAGGCCCCGGCUCCCACGGCCGCCCUCCCCCUUCCUUGGGGUGGCCCAGGCCCUGGCGGCCCCCGAGAGUCCGGGCCCGGGGCUGGCCCUGAGUGCCUGGGAUCUGCAGAGCCCGACGCACGAGCUGGCGGAGAUCGUCCCUUUGGGCCCCGGGCCUUCCCUUCUUCCUGCAGUUACCGAAGACUCCUCCGGGUUUGUCCAGCUGCCCCCCGACCCCUCUGAGCCGCCGCUAGUGACUCUCCCCCCAAUGAUCGCAGAUACCCAGGACCCAGGACCGUGCCCCACUAUGGCCCGGGGGUCUCGGAAAGGGCCCCUGGCUGUGGGGACGUGGGUCCCGUCCUGCGGGAGCCCGGAGCUCUCCCGCCCCCUCCUCUGCUAGCUGCCCCCCGGGGGGGGGCGCUCCCUCCCGCCCCCAGCCCGGAGCCCGGCUCAGCAGGUGUUAAAUAAAUGCUAGCACCGAA